AUGUUUCAACUUCAUCAGCUGGGCUUCGAACAACCGGCGGGUCAGCCUGCAGGAGCAGCUGCCCCGUUCUUGGGAGGUGCUGGUGGUAGUUCUUCAUCUACUCAGCACGACCACAACCAGCAGCAGGAGAUGAUCAACAUGGCCAGAAGUGGUCCCAUGUUGAUCACCACCCCGGACAUGGUUCGCUCAGUCCCCGAGGCUGCUGUUUUUGGGAUGAGUGACGAUGAUGACAACCGCGUCGUUGGAUUGCCG